AUGUGCUCUCAAUUUGAUAAUAAAUUAUUGACUUAUUUGACUGGUGGGAUGUCCACUCUGGCGCUUGGACUCGGCAAGAAACUCGGGCUGAUUGAGGCAAUCUGUGCUGUUUCCUCCGAGGAUCACCACGCCACUCCUGAAGAGGUGGCCGAAAAGGCGAAUUGUAAGCCACGUUACGUGAGAGAAUGGUUGUGCUGUAUGUCGUGUGCUGAGAUGCUCGAGGUCGAUGAAGAGGAGCGUUUCUGGGCCACUGAAGAGCAGAAAAAGGGCUUGUUGACUUCGGGUUGGAUGCCAAUGUUCGAGAUGUUGCCGCUGUUCUCGGAUGUGCGUGAGAAACUGGAAGAAGCCGUGCGCGGAGACAGCAAGAAAUUGGGACUUCAUUACGAAGACUUCUCAAAGUUCUACGAUUUCAUGGGCGUCAUUACAGCAAAGAUGCACUCUGAAGUGGUUGUUCCAAAGUUGUUGCCCGAUGUUGGAAAUGGGAUUUUGGAAGGACUUGAAGGCGGUGGAAUCAAAUGUUUGGAUGUCGGUUGUGGAAACGGAUUUCAUGUUCAAUUAUUGGCCAAAUCCUUUCCGAAGAGCUCUUUCCUUGGAGUGGAUCUUGUUGAAGAUGCUGUUCGCGAGGCACAGAAGCACAAGGAGCAAGACAAAACGGAAAACUCGAGCUAUCUCUGUUGUGAUGCUCGCCAAUUACCCGUUGAUUGGGCAAACCGCUUCGACUUUGUUACAAUUUUCGAUGCUUGUCAUGAUCAAUGCAGACCCGAUUUGGGACUCAAAGAAAUCUAUCGUGUGCUGAAACCGGGUGGCACUUUUGCAAUGAUCGAGAUCAAGGGAUCGGGAAGUGUGACUGAGGACAAGAAAGCUGGAAUUUUGACUUCGAUCUGUUAUGGAGGAUCUCUAUUUCACUGUUUGCCCGUGGGGAGUAAUGAGGAAGGUGCCCUUUGUCUUGGAUCGAUGUUUGGCACUAAUAAAGCACUUGCUUUAUUGAAAGGCGCCGGUUUCGAGGAUGUUUCCUUCAAAACUCCCGAUUAUAUGCCGAUGAAUUCUGUUUUUAUUUGCAAGAAA